ACACGCCCCCACGCCUCGGGCACUGCAGCCGAAGCGAGACGGACUCAACCCAAAGCCAAUCCGGCACCGCACGGGCACAGUGACGGCUCUUUGUUGGAAACUCUCUGCGUGGCGCACGGCGCGUCUGCUCGUAAAGGGAAAACAACGAUAAUAAGGCGUGCUCUCUGUUAUUUAACCCCGAGUUUUGUUUUAAUUUGAUAGCUUGCUUACAGAGGCGACGCGGGAUUGUAAACUGAAAAUGCGCACACGCUGGGCGCUGUUAAUUCCUCUCGCUCUCUCUCUCUUCGGAUGGCUCAACUUUGCUGUCCUUAAUUCACGCAAUUAAUGCGCUUCCUUACACACACCAUCGCGUAAUGAUGGAGCGUGUGUUCACGCGCCGGGUGGCUAUGUGCGUUUUUUUUAUUUUUAGGAGCUAAUAAUUGGCCCGCGUGUUACGUGCGCCUGUCCUACAGAGUGCCCAGGGACGAACGUGUGUGAGCGAGCUCGGGAAAUCUUUUUUUUUAAUUCCCUUUAUCUUUUCAUUCUACAACCGCGACUUCUUCGGGCGACGGAUAACGUGGAGCUGCUGAGCGCAGCGCCGGGGACUGGCGCUGUAACAACAGCAGCAGUGAGCCCGCACUCGCCGCUUUGCGCAUAGCGCCUGCUACUGCUGCUGCCGCUACUGCUGCCUGCGUCUGUUGUGACGGAGCGAGAGGGGAGUGGAGGAGGAGCAGGAGGUGGUGUGGGGAGGCAAACCCCGAAACCGUCAAGCUCCUCAUUGAUCCGCGGACCCCAACACUGACGGGUGCUGAAAGCGCGUUUCCUCUCUCCGCCCUCUCUCUCUCUCUCCCUCUCCGUACUCUCUUCCAUCUCUCAUUGCCUCUUGUCUGUCUCUCCUGGAUCUCUCGGCAGAAGAGCGCAAUUCGUGGUUCAUGCGCGCUCUUCUGGCCGCGCCGAAUGCGUCAUUAGAACACGGCGCAAAGUGUAAGGAGCAGGGCAGCAAGACAAACACAACAGCGCCAGCAGCAGCAGCAGCCGCACACAAGUGAGAACGGGGGUAAAGUGACAGAGAAAGAGAGAGAGGAGAGAGAGAGUGAUAAAGGAGGAACGUUAAGCCCCCGUUGAAGGAAGACGAGAAUCGCAGGGAAGGGAGAGUCGCCGGACGCAUCGCGCGUCGGAGAGGCUGGAGGAGCGCGGAGGGGGCCCCCAAACGGACCAUGGACGGCUGCAGGCGCAGCGUCAGCCCAGCACUGAGUUGCGUCCUCGCUGUGCUCCUCGCCGUUCACCACAGCGCUGGAAUUAACGAAAAGGGGCCGACGUCCAUUUGCAGCCACUAAAAUUACUUUGAGCUCUUCGCAAAACUGGGACCUGACCGUGAGCGCGCCUUCUCAGCUGCCUCCUCCUCCUCCUCCACCUGCGAGAAGAUGGAUUUCAUUUGCGCCAUCGCCAUAGUCGUGCUCGGAGCCACUCUUCCUCUGGCAGACAGCUACUUCGCCGCGUCUGGCUCUGCCGCGACCGCCUGGAGAGCAUCUGGCGGCGGCGGCGUCGGCGGCGUCGGGGCCGCGGCGGUGAAGACCGCCGCGGGGGCCCUGCCCGCCCUGCGCGGGGCCAGCCACGCCGCGGCCUCGGCGGUCCACACGACCCCUCGGGUCGACUGCGUCAAGGGCAACGAGCUGUGCACCGCCGACCUCAAGUGCAGCAGCACGCUGCGCACGCUGCGACAGUGCCUGGCGGGCAGCGGCGAGAUGCUGCUGGGUCCCGACGCGCGCAACGAGUGCGUGAGCGCGGCCGAGGCGCUGCAAGCGGGGCCCCUCUCCGAUUGCCGCUGCCGCCGUGGGAUGAAGAAAGAGAAGCACUGCCUGCGCAUCUACUGGAGCAUCCAUCAGGGAUUCGUGCAAGGUGAUCACAUCUACGGAAGCUCCCCUUACGAGCCCGUCACGUACCGGCUGCAGGCACUCGCGGCAGGGCCCCCGGCCGUCCCGACGUCGGGCAACGCGUGCCUGGCGGCGGCCAAAGCGUGCAACCUGGAGGAGGCGUGCUCGCGCUUCAAGAACGAGUACGUGAAGACGUGCACCCCCAAGGGGGACGUAUGCCGCCGGCGCGAGUGCCACCAGGCCCUGCGGCAGUUCUUCGAGCGCGUGCCGGCCAACUCGACGCACGGGAUGCUCUUCUGCCCGUGCGCCGAGUUCGCGUGCACCGAGCGACGGCGGAAGACCAUCGUGCCCGCGUGCUCCUACGAGGAGCCCGAACGGGCCAACUGCCUGAGCCUCAACAACAAGUGCAAAAGCAACUACAUAUGCAGGUCAAGGCUGGCAGACUUCAUCAUCAACUGCAGCCCCUCCAAAAAGUCCAUCAGCGGAUGCUACAACGAGAAUUACGCCUCCUGUCUGCUCUCCUACACCGGACUCAUUGGCACCGUGAUGACGCCCAACUACGUGGACACGCAGAGCGCCGCCGCCGUGUCCCCAUGGUGCUCGUGCGGCAGCAGCGGCAACGACCGCGAGGAGUGCGACAGGCUGCUCAAACUCUUCACCGACAACCCUUGCCUGAGGAACGCCAUGCAGGCGUUCAGCAACGGCAGCGAGGUGUGGGCCCAGCGCGGGAUGGCAGCCGCCACGGCCUCUGUGCUCUCUCCGCCCGAGCUGCCGCGAGGUCGCGACCCCCCGCAGGUGCAGGGCAAGCCCUACGUGGCCGCCGUCGACAGCGACGAAAGCGCAGACGACGCCGACAGCAUCUUUGCGACCGUCGGGAACUCCAUGGUGCGUGGCGGAGAGUCUCGCGAGUCGGCAGGCUCCCAGGGGUCGCGCGGGAGCGCCGACCAGAAGCAGCAGUCUCAGUCGGCACAAGCGACGUCCCCGCAGGGAGGGAGCGCGCCCCAGGGCCCCCGCGGCAGCCCUCCUCACCUGCUCCUCCUGCUGCUGCCGCUGCUCCUCACCUCCUCUCCGCUGCUGCCCUGCGCCUGAUCGACGGAGCCUCCGCGCGGAAGGGGAACGCCGCGCGUGCGUGCGGGCGUGCGUGCGGGCGUGCGGGCGGGCGGGCGGGCGGGCUGGCUGGCCGUCGCGCCAAAACUCGCUUCCCCCCCUCCACGCCGCCACCGCCACGUUCAAAAUAAUCACGCCAAUGUGUUCGCGAGGGAACGCCGGAAGAUGGGAUGGAGGCGAGUUGCGCGGCGAAAGGAACAAGGAUUUUUUUUUUCCAAGGAGGAAGAGGAGGAGGAGGAGGAUGAAGAAGAGGGAAAGUUAACUCGAGUCAAACUGUUGUUGACAUCGAAGCGGUGUUUUUUUGGAAAAGGACAAAAAAAUGGAAAGGCAAGCGGCAAAAAAUGCUCGCCGACUUUUGAAGGUUGGGGGGGGGGGGCUGUUUGAAGAAGGAAAAAUGAAGAGGAAAAUCAUCAAAAGCUGACUCGUGUUGGGAAUCGCUUUGCUGUCACUUGACCGAAAUGGAUUUAAGAUGUUGGGACUCCUAACAGGACGUGCCAGGUUCAAAUCUUCUUUUUCUCUAAUCCCAAAGUUGUUGGGGGAGAAAAAAAUACGAUUAGUUUGAAGGUUGCAAAGUCCACAACGUAUGAUAUCUCCAGAUGCUUCGUUGGUGCACAUUGGCGGACACCAGAAUCACGUGACAGUCAUCCCCCCAACGCAUGGACCCAGUGACUUCAAGAAGGUCUUGAGUGAUACUCUGGGCCACAUUAUGAAUACAAUUCAAUGGUGACUGGAUGGGGUGGCCUAUAUCACAGUGGUUGCAGCUGUAUUACACCCAGCGUUCUCGACCACUCCGGCUGUGGUGCCAUCGAAAGCGGAGGCUGAGAAUCCACAAGUUUUUUUCUUUUUUAACAACAGAGGAAAACCAAGGAGGUGUGGUAACAUGGCAACACACACAGACACGCAGACUAGACAUUCUCUUCAAGUGUGUCGCAGGACAUUUUCAUUCUGGUUGCUCCUUCACCGUUCAUGUUUUAAACCUUUGGAACUUUAAAUGUAGGAAAUAUCCCAUGUGAAGGUUUUAUGUUAUUACAUGUCGCUAUUGUGUAUUCCUCCACAUUGCGUAGAUGGACAGGGUCACAGUGUGGAGGCUUAUAUAAAAUUAAUAAAGUAUAGAUCAAUUUGAAAAAAAAUACUGGGAUAAUUCCCAACGUAACACCUCUUGACUCUGGUCAUAUCGUAUUAGCAUCGAAAACGUAAUUUAAUAAUAAUAAAAAAAACAUUGCUAAUAUUACAUGCAUUAUGGAUGAGUGAAUCAUGGUAUAAUGGAAGGGCACAGUAUGUCACAGGGUGGUAACACCAACUACUUUACGAUGUGUUGAUUUUUGUCCGAAUGAGCUUAUCCAAUUCCCUGUUUAAGAGUAAAGUUUUAAAAGUGACCGACCUAAACCCCCUUGCUGUCAAAGCAAGCUCGUCAAGCCAGGCGGGUUCUUUCAGUAAAGUAAUUUUGACGCGAUUGAAAAUUGAAUCCACUGAUAUCCCGUUGGUGUGUACAAUAACUGCAUUCCUGUUUCAAGUUUUAUUUUGUCAUACAUAUGUGCUAUUUCCUGUAUGAAUGCAUAAAAUCUUAAGUCGAAAUAUGUAACAUCAUAAUUAUUUGAUAUCACAAAUGUUAAAGGUUGGGGGGGGGGGGGAAUGUAGAUUUAUUAAGUUUACUUUGCUUUAUGGUACAUAUUUUAAGCCUAACCAAAAAAAUAAUUUUAAAGUGGUAUUUAAUUUUCGUAGUGCUUCAUUUUCCCACAGUUGUUCGUCUCAAGCUUGAAAUCAUAAUAGAAUUUUGUUUUUGUUAUUUCAAAGACCAAUUUAUGUAAAAAUGAAAAUAAUCAGAAGACAAAAAAAACACAUUCUGUUGAUGUCUAUGUUUUAUGCUGGUGUCUUUUGUGAAAUCAGAAAGUAAAAUUCAAGAUCAGUCUACAACAGGAGUGAUUUUUUUUCCAUUCGCACGAUAA